UUGGAUUCUCAUUUCUCAGUCACUGAAGCUAUGGCAACCACAAUCACUGCCGCCGGCGUAUCUUACCGUUGUCACUCACCUCUACUUUCUCGCAUUAAGACAUGUUCUUUGUUUCCAUCUCUCUCUUCAAUGCUUGGUCUCUCUCACUUUCACCAUAAGCAACCUUUACAACCGGCCAGAAAGUUCACGACCCGAGCUGCAAGAACUGAGUCCAAAAGGGUCUCUCUCGGCUUCAGACCUCCACAAUUCGAGCUGCCGGAGCCUCUUACAGGAGCAAUAUGGACACUAGAUGACUUCGAAGCAUAUCCUGCUUUACUGGUUAUGUUUAUUUGCAACCAUUGUCCAUUUGUUGUACACUUGAAAAAGGAUAUUGUGAAGCUGACAAAUUUCUAUAUGAAGAAAGGGCUGGCUGUUGUUGCAAUAUCAUCCAAUUCUGUGAUCACACAUCCACAGGACGGACCGAACUUUAUGGCCGAAGAAGCAAAACGAUAUAACUAUCCAUUCCCUUAUCUUUAUGACGAGUUUCAAGAUGUUGCUAUAGAGUUUGGAGCUGUCUGCACACCGGAGUUUUUCUUAUUCAAGAAGGAUGGUCGAAAGCCCUUUGAGUUGGUAUACCAUGGGCAGUUUGAUGACUCACGACCAAAUAAUAAUGUGCCUGUCACUGGACGGGACUUGAGUAUAGCUAUAGACAAUGUUCUUAGUUUUCAACCAGUGUCAUCAGUUCAGAAACCCAGUAUUGGAUGCGGUAUUAAGUGGCACCCAGAAUCAAAGCAGUAGGGCAAUUCUUUGGUUAUUUCAUGAUAUAUUAAUCUACAAUGCUUGAGGAGUGGUGCAAUUUAUUGAUGAUUGGGGAUCAUUCUAGGGUUUGUGUAAAAGUUUCUCUUACUAUAUUUUAUGCCCUCUGUAUAUUCUUGGCGAACCUUCAAUUCCAAUUAUAAUGUAAAAGAUUAUUGUAUCCCUCAUAAUGUGCCUGUAGUGGUGAUGAAUUCCUACUCAUUAUUCUUGUCAAUACUAUCAUUACCCUUCUUGUUAA